GGCAGGGGGCGUGUCCGGUGUGGCGGCGAUGGCGGCGGCGCCGCGCUGGCGGGAGCGGCUGUUCGCGCUGUUCUUCCUGUCGCACGUGCCGCUGACCGCGCUCAUCGAUGCGCAGCCGCUGCUGCCCGCGGGGCUGCUCCCGCAGGCCCUGACGGAGAUGCUGCAGUGGUACGCAACCACCUUCAGGGACCCCCUGAUGCUCCAGCCCCCGGAGUGGUUCAAGGCGUUUAUCUAUUGUGAAGCUUUCCUGCAGCUGCCCUUCUUCCCCAUCGCAGCCUACGCCUUCCUAAAAGGGAGCUGCAGGUGGAUAAGGACUCCGGCCAUUAUCUACUCCACGCACGUGGCUACCACUCUGGUGGCCAUCCUCGCGCACAUCCUGUUCCACGACUUCUCGGGGCCGGAGCAGCUGGGGCCUCGGACGCAGCGGGAACGCCUCGUGCUGCUCUCCGUGUACGUGCCCUACUUGCUCAUACCGCUGCUGCUGCUUUACACCAUGCUCUACAACCCCCACUACAGCCACGUGGAGAAGCGGAAACGGAAGUAG